UUAGAGACGGUCCCCGCUUCGUUGUCAAUCAGCGGUUGCGCGGGCAACGGCGGCGGCGGCGGCUCGGGGCCUCGGGAUAGUCGCGGCGAUGAGCGGCCGAGCGGCGUGGGCCGCACUCCAGCUGCGGCGAAGUUUCGACCUCGCCAACCGCGACGUGGCGCGCUGGUUCCCGGGUCACAUGGCGAAAGGCCUGAAAAAGAUGCAAGCCAGUCUGAAAAAAGUGGAUUGUAUGAUUGAAGUUCAUGAUGCACGAAUUCCUUUAUCUGGACGCAAUCCUGUAUUUAAGGAGACGUUGAAUGUUAGACCACAUCUGCUGGUGCUGAACAAAAUGGACAUAGCUGAUCUAACAGAUAAACAGCGAAUUCUGAAGCAAUUGGAAGAACAAGGAGUCCAAAAUGUCCUCUUCACAAACUGCUUACAGGACAGGGAUGUACACAUAAAACAAAUUGUUCCCACUGUUAUAGACCUCAUUCAGAAAAGUAACCGGUAUCAUCGAACAGAGAACAUGGAGUAUUGUUUGAUGGUGAUUGGUGUACCAAACGUCGGGAAGUCAUCCCUCAUUAAUGCCAUGCGAAGAAUGUAUUUAAAGAAAGGCAAGGCAUCCAGGGUUGGUGGUGUGCCAGGGAUUACCAGAGCUGUCCUCACAAAGAUUCAGGUUUGCGAGAGACCUGUCGUAUUUUUAUUAGAUACUCCUGGUGUCUUUUCUCCUCACAUUGAAAGCGUGGAAGUUGGGUUGAAGCUGGCACUCUGUGGAACAAUAUUAGACCAUUUGGUAGGAGAGGAAGUAAUUGCGGACUAUCUACUCUUCACUCUCAAUAAGCAUCAGAAGUUCGAUUACGUUGAGCGAUACCAGCUGGGAGAGCCCUGUGACGACUUGCAAACAGUGCUGAAAAAAAUAGCUGUGAAAUUAGGCAAGACGCAGAAAGUGAAAGCCAUUACGGGAGUGGGUAAUGUGAAUAUUCUCAUGCCGAACUACAGUGCAGCUGCUUACGACUUCAUCAGAACGUUCCGGAAAGGAGACCUGGGGAAGGUUAUGCUGGAUUGAUGUCAGUGCUCCUGUUCUGAGAAUCAGAAGCCAGCUAUACUGGAUGUUUAGGGUUACCUGUACAUCAUCAGAAAAGAUCUCAUCCUUGAGAACUGUGUUUAAGUCCUUGUCCACUGUCAUAAAAUGUUUAUUUUUUAAAAGCUGAUGAUGUAGAGCAUGACUGCUGCUUAACAUGAAAUACAUGUGCUCUGCUGUCAGCAACUUUCAAGAAAAUACAGUGGAUUCCAGUUCACUGGGAUAACUUCGCCCCAGUACAUUGUGGCCAAUUAAGUGGCUGUUCCAAAAUAGUUAAAAAGUUAUUUUUAAAAGAACUACUGUUUAGCUGAAUAACAAAUUAUGUGUUUAAUUGAAAUACAGAACAAAUUAGAACACAAUCAAUAGUACUACAGUACAAUAAAACUAUGCAUUAGCUCCAAAUAGGUAUUGACAGAGGAAUUGCACUGCCAUGUUCUUUUGAUUGACUGUAAACUAACAAAAUCAGCUCCGACACCUGGUACAGAUAAUGGACUGCCUUCAUACAAUUUUUGACAAUUGUAUCCUCAAAAUCUUUAUUUUCACUGUAACACUCAGUUUGUCGAUACCUUCAAUUUCUUUGUUGCUCCUAACUUGUUGAAGUAGUGAAAUCAUUUCAGUUUUACUCUCAGCUUUUUCUGGCACCUUCCAGCCUGAAUGCUUGAAACCGCAGUGAGCAAAAACAGUUCUGGAUAGCCUUAAACACGAGGAAUUCUGCAGCUGCUGGAAAUUCAAGCAACACACAUCAAAGUUGCUGGUGAAUGCAGCAGA